AUGCCUACCCAGCAUGGCUCACCGAUAUACGCACGGGACGCACCAAAGGUCGACGCUGGAUCGAUCAUCGUCUUGCGACAGGCCGGCGCCUUGGUUCUCGGGAAGACGACGACAACCGAGUUCGCUGCGACCGUCCAAGGCCCAAAAACGGUCAACCCGCAUGAUACCAACCGGACACCCGGCGGUUCUUCUUCAGGCUCGGGCGCCGCCGUCGCAGACUUUCAAGCCCCGAUCGGUUUGGGCACCCAGACGGGUGGAAGUACCAUUCGACCCGGGUCUUUCAACGGCAUCUAUGCUCUGAAGCCGACGUGGAACUCGAUCAGCCGAGAGGGCCAGAAGAUCUACUCGUUAAUCUUGGACACACUUGGCUUCUUUGCUCGAAGCGUUGAGGACUUGCAGUUGAUGGCUGAUGUCUUCGAUUUGGCGGACGACGAGCCUCCCAAGACCAACUUCGCCGUCAAGGGCGCCAAAUUCGCUCUUUUAAAGACCAUGGUCUGGCCACAAGCUGGGCCUGGUACGAAGUCGGCCAUUGCGAAGGCAGUGGAGCUGCUCAAAGCGCACGGAGCCGAGGUCGAAGAGAUUGAGUUUGACUCCGACCUCCAAGAUCUUCCCACGUGGCAUGGGACGGUGCUGCACAGCGAUGGAAGACCGGCUUUUCUUCCAGACUAUCGCGCGGCCAAGGACCAGCUCAACGAAUUUUUGAUCUCUCAUGUCGAGAACUCCAACAAGAUCACCAGAGCGGCGCAGCUCGAAGCGUUCGAUAACAUCGCGAUUGCGCGUCCAAAGGUUGACAAGAUGCUCAAGAAGUACGAUGCUGUGCUCGUGCCGAGUGUUGUUGACGAGGCACCGGAGGGUAUCGCAAGCACCGGAAGCGCAGCCUUCAACGGCCUCUGGACGGCGCUUCAUGUUCCCGUCGUCAACAUUCCAGGCUUCAAGGGCCCGAACGGGAUGCCUGUGGGCGUCUCGUUGGUUGCGCCUCGAUACCACGACCGCCACCUUCUGACCGUGUCGAAGGCAGUUGGCGACAUUUUCGAGGCAGAAGGCGGAUGGAAGUCGGGUUUAUAG